AUGAACAAAUUAUUUCGGCGUGCGAGUAAAUACUCCAUGCUAGAGGAUGACAUCCGUGCCGCUGCACAGCAGGUCCUAGUAACUGGCCAAGCUGCUAAAAGUGAAGCCACCAGAAGCUUCAAAUCACCUAACCAUCCUGGGUCAUCCAACAUGGGGCAAGAUGAGCAGCGCCCGCUACUCAUUCAAACACCUCUCACCAAGUCGUACGAAAAACUGCUUCCUAUAAUCCGCAAUCUGUCCGGAUUUAGAUGGCCAGUACCAAUAAGAUCGAACCCCUCAGAAAGGGACCGCAACAAAAAAUGUGAUUACCAUAAAGAUCAUAGGCACACGACUGAAGCGUGCAUAAGCCUCCGUUACAUGGUGGAGGAUCUCCUAAAGGCAGGACACUUGAAGCAGUACGUCCGAACAGUGCCUAAAGGUGAAGAAUCUCCCCAUAGUCGAGGCCCACGCGCCCUAGCAACUCCUGUUAGGGCAAUGAUCAACUACAUAUACGGAGGACCCUUGGAUGACAAGUACAGUUCCAAAAGGAAAAGACAGAGACUGCUGCGAGCAGUUACGGUUCGGGAACACGUGAGCUCCAUCCGGCCAGGAUUAGCCAAUAGGAGCAUCCAUCCCAUAGAUGGGACCAUUGUCUUCCCCACUCUAGAUCCAUCCCGAGGGCUGCAGCCGCACCGAGAUGCUCUCAUCCUAACAAUAGGAGUGGGAGACUACGACGUAAAAAGAAUCUUGAUCGACCCAGGUAGUUCCACAGACCUAUUGCAGGUGGCGGUCAUCAAACGAAUGGGUUUCGAACCCUCCAGCCUGGAAAAUCCCGGAAGAACCCUAUCCGGAUUCAAUGGUUCUUCCACAACCUCACUUGGGGAUGUAAUACUGUCGGUUCAUGCCGGGCCAGUCAUCCUAAACAUUUUGUUUUCUGUGGUUGAGGAUUUAUCCCCUUUCAAUGCCAUCUUAGGACGCACGUGGUUACACGGAAUGAAGGCCAUUCCAUCCACAUAUCAUCAAAAGGUCAGCUUUAUCACCCAAGAUGGGCAAAUUAAUCUUUACGGAAGCCAGCCCGCUGCUCGACAAUGUUAUCAGAUCUCUUGCGAGGCCGAACCCAGUGCCGACCGCGAGCAUUCCUCCAAAGAAGCAAAUGCUUCUGACCAAUAG